AAAAAAUAAUUUUAUUCCAGUGGUACACCUACCUAUAACAAUUAAGUCAUGAAAAACCGACAGAUCUUUUUCUCAUCUUUCUUCCAGUGGUUGUGCGUUUGGAGCAGAACUCUCAUAACCAAUCAAUCACUAUCCGAUGGCGUUGAGCACCCAAGUUAGGGCCUCCACUGGUUCUGCUUUCCCAUGGAAAUACGACGUGUUUUUGAGCUUCAGAGGCGAAGACACCCGCAAGGGCUUCACAGACCACUUAUACGACAAGUUGCAGUGGCGAGGGAUCAGGACUUUCCGGGACGACCCAGAACUUGAAAGAGGCACAGCCAUCUCUCCGGAGCUCCUCUCAGCAAUCGAGCAAUCCAGGUUUGCCAUCGUCGUUCUUUCGCCAAACUAUGCUUCUUCCACUUGGUGCUUGCUUGAACUCUCUAAGAUUUUUGAAUGCAUGGAAGAGAGAGGGACAAUUCUACCAAUCUUUUAUGAGGUGGAGCCGUCUCAUGUGAGACAUCAAAGGGGCAGCUUUGCUGAAGCGUUCGAUGAACAUGAAGAGAAGCUUGGGAAAGAUAGUAAGGAGGUGGAAGGGUGGAGAGAUGCUUUAACCAAAGUGGCUAGUCUCGCUGGCUGGGCAUCAAAGGAUUAUAGGUAUGAAGCAGAGCUUACCAAAGAGAUUGUGCAAGCACUGUGGAGCAAAGUGCAUCAUAGUCUCACAUUAUUUGGUUCCUCUGAGAAGUUAGUUGGAAUGGAUGCUAAGCUUGAGGAAAUAGAUGUUCUUUUAGAUAAAGAAGCAAAUGAUGUUCGCUUUAUAGGGGUAUGGGGGAUGGGUGGGUUGGGUAAGACAACCCUUGCUAGACUAGUUUAUGAGCACAUCUGUGAUCAAUUUGAAGUUUGCAUCUUUCUUGCUAAUGUCAGAGAGGUUUGCACAAACCACGGUCUAGUUUAUCUACAAAAGCAGAUUCUUUCCCAAAUCUUGAAGGAAGAAAAUGUACAAGUAUGGGAUGUUUAUAGUGGAAUCACUAUGACAAAGAGAUGUUUAUGUAAUAAAGCAGUUCUUCUAGUUCUUGACGAUGUGGAUCAAGUAGAGCAACUGGAAACCUUGGUGGGAGAAAAAGAUUGGUUUGGUUUGGGGAGUAGAAUCAUCAUUACCACUAGAAAUCGACAUAUCUUAGUCACACAUGGUAUAGAAAAACCAUAUGAGUUGAAGGGAUUAAACGAUGAUAAAGCUCUCCAGCUCUUUAGUUGGAAAGCCUUUAGGAAAUAUGAGCCUGAUGAAGAUUUUGCAGAACAGUCUAAUAGUUUUGUUAUCUAUGCUGGAGGUCUUCCCUUAGCUCUUAAAACUUUGGGGUCUUUCUUGUAUAAAAGAAGUCCACAUGCAUGGAAUUCUGCAUUGGAAAAACUACGGAAUACUCCCAACAGAACAAUUUUUGAAAUACUGAAGAUAAGUUUUGAUGGACUUGAUGAGAUGGAGAAGAAAAUUUUUCUGGACAUUGCAUGUUUCCGCAGGCUGUAUCGCAACGAGUUUAUGAUUGAACAAGUAUACAGUUCUGACCUUUGCAAUCGCAUUACAAUAGAUGUUCUUGCUGAGAAAUCUCUGAUAACUAUUUCCUCAGCCAACCAAAUAGGUAUGCAUGAUUUGAUACAAGAAAUGGGAUGUGAAAUUGUUCGGCAACAGUCUUAUGAAGAGCCUGGUGGACGCAGUCGGUUGUGGCUUCGCAACGACAUUUUUCAUGUAUUCACAAAGAAUACGGGAACAAAAGCCAUUGAAGGCAUAUUCUUACAAUUGCAUAAAUUAGAAGAGGCAGAUUGGAAUCUUGAAGCCUUCUCUAAAAUGUGUAAACUGAAGCUGCUCUACAUUGAUAAUUUAAAGCUUUCUCUUGGCCCCAAAUAUCUUCCUAAUGCCUUGAGAUUUCUGAAAUGGAGUUGGUAUCCUUCAAAAUCUCUUCCACCAGGUUUUCAACCGGAUGAGCUAACUGAACUGAGCUUGGUUCAUAGCAAUAUCGAUCACCUCUGGAAUGGAAUAAAAUACUUGGGCAAGUUGAAAUCUAUCGAUCUUAGUCACUCCAUAAACUUGACAAGGACCCCAGAUUUCACAGGAAUUCAAAACCUUGAGAGGUUGGUUCUUGAAGGUUGUACGAAUUUAGUUAAGAUUCAUUCAUCCAUUGCAUUGCUCAAGAGACUCAAAAUUUGGAACUUUAGAAACUGCAAAAGUAUCAAGAGUCUCCCAAGCGAGGUAGAAAUGGAAUCUCUUGAAACAUUUGAUGUAUCUGGCUGCUUAAAUCUGAAAAUGAUUCCAAAAUUUGUGGGGAAAAAUCUUGAGAGCUUGGUUCUUGAAGGUUGUACAAAUUUAGUAGAUAUUCAUCCCUCCAUUGCAUUUCUCAAUAGACUCAAAAUUUUAAACUUUAGAAACUGCAAAAGUAUUAAGAGUCUCCCUAGUGAAGUACAAAUGGAAUCUCUUGAAACAUUUGAUGUAUCUGGCUGCUCAAGACUGAGAAUGAUUCCAGAAUUUGUGGGGCAAAUGAAAAGAUUAUCAAAGCUUUCUUUAAGUGGGACUGCUGUUAAGAAAUUGCCUUCAUCAAUUGAGCGCUUCAGUGAGAGUUUGGAGGAGCUUGAUUUGAGUGGAAUUGUUACAAGAGAGCUGCCAUACUCCCUUUUUCUUCAGCAGAACAUCAGAGUAUCAUCUUUUGGCUUAUUUCCAAGAAGCAGUCCUCACCCUUUGAUUCCUCUGUUAGCUUCGCUGAAGCAUUUGUCCUCAUUGACGACAUUAAAUCUGAGUGACUGUAAUCUCAGUGAAGGAGAAAUUCCCAAUGAUAUUGGUUCACUGUCCUCCUUAAAGAACUUGGAACUCAAAGGAAACAAUUUUGUUAGCCUUCCUGCAAGCAUUCAUUUGCUUUCUAAGCUUCAUAUGAUUAACGUGGAGAAUUGCAAAAGGCUCCAACAAUUGCCAGACUUGCCAUUAAAUGACAAUUUAUCGGUAACAACAAACAAUUGUACUUCAUUACAAAUAUUUCCAAAUCCACGAGAUUUGUGCAGAUUAUGGAAGUUUACUCUCUCUGGCAUCAAUUGCUUGAGUACGGUUGAUAAUCCAGAUUAUUUCUUAUAUUCAAUCCUGAAGGGUUUGCUUGAGGAAACACCUUGUUCUUUUGAGUAUUUCCGUUAUGUAAUUCCUGGAAGUGAAUUUUUUGAGUGGUUCACUAAUCAAAGUGUGGGAGACUCGGUAACUGAGAAAUUGCCUUUGUACGGAUGUAAUAGGAAGGUGAUUGGGGUUGCUGUAUGUGCUCUACUGGUACCUCAAGACAAUCCGUCUGCUGUUCCUGAAGACCGUCUUUUAGAUCCUGAUAGCUGUAGAAUUUGGUGUCAUUGGAGAAGACAUGGUUGUGGUCUGGUAGGUCUUGCUCUCGGUGUAAAACAAAUUGUUUCAGAUCACCUUUUUUUAGUUGUUUUGCCCAGUCAUUUCUGGAAUCCUCGGGAACGUCUGGAGUAUGAGGACACAUUCAACGAGGUUAAGUUUGACUUCACUGUCUCCCGAGCUUUAGGAAACAACAGAUGCAUAAAGGUGAAGAAAUGUGGGGCUCGUGCACUGUAUGAGCACGACAUGGAAGAGCUGAUCAGUAAAAUGAACCAAUCCGAGAGCAGCAUUUCUGUUUUGGAGACUAUGGAUUGUGGUUUAGGCAAAUCAGCAUAUGAACAAGGUGGUGCCAUCGUUAAGGGAACACGAGAUGCAACAAGCGGACGUGGUGGCUCUGAUGAUGAAUAUUUCUCUGCAGAAGAAUGAAAAAAUUCUGGAAGACAUUGUCUUGCUCUGACCAUCCAGUGCCUCGAAGCAAAAAUGAAAGGUUAACACUGCUAUUCUCAGCGUUCGUAACAAGAUAUGCUUUUAACUGUGCAGUGCACAGUUGUUAAUCUUGAAUUUUGCCACAAGCAAGCUUUGAGAGAUACACUCUACUUCUGUUCAAAUCAAAUCCAAAAAGGGGAGGAAACUGGGCUCUUGGAGAGAUGCAUGGCAGGUCUAUUGUGGCUAGUGAUGGCAAACUCUUGAUGUCACUCCAACAAGGAAGAGGUGGUUACUUAGCUAUUGAUUGCCUUUUCGUGGAAGCUAUAUUUAAAGAUCUGCAGGUAUAAUAAUUUGACUUGGUUUGGAUGGGUUUCGGUUUCUAUCUACCGAAGGAGGAAAGAAAAUUAAGUUGCCAUGGUGGCUUUGGAUUGUAAUAUUUGUUUAUUGAAGCUUCCACGUAGGUGCGCUGGUUGCGAAAAUGAAGGGUAGUAGACAUGUUUGGGAGGUAUCUGGUUUUCUUAAUUGGUUUCUGUAAACUAUUAUAGUAUCAAGUCCCGAUAUUGUAUAUGGAGGAGAACAUGGCUUCCUGUUUUACGUUAUUCAUUUAAAAUGCCAAUUGCACUUGGUCCCAGAGUUUUGGUUCAUUGCAACAUUCAUUCAUAUGAUUGGAAUACUACACCAAGGCAUGCAUACAAAAAACAAGUAAGAAUUUGUGUACUUUGUCCACAUUGAUUUGGCUGAAGUAUUGUCUUAUUCACGGUCUAUCAUGAAGAUCGCAUCCACCAAAA